CGCGCCUCCGGCCGGCCGGAAUCGGGCUCUCCCAUAGCCCUCAUCCAGAGUAGGUUUAAGUUGUCCAUGCCAUAAAGAUGAAAAAACUGUUCUUUUUCAAAUCUUCUGCACCUAGUGGAGUGAACAGCACCCAAAUAUCCCCACAGGCAAAGGAAAAACAAGUUGACCGGGAAAACCCUUGUACACUUGACAAAACCAAGACUAAAAAGAAAGUCUCAGAAAAUCAUUCCUUGGGUGAUAGACCAAGUCUCGGGAGGAGUCUGUCAUUUUCUUCUGGAUCCCUUUAUGAUGCUUGGGGGGAACAAAUGGAUUCCCAGGACCGAAGCAGGUCUCCUUGUGGUGGUAAUAAUGCACACCCUAAGAAAUCAAAUCGUAACUCAUCUCGUCGUGCAUUAACACCCGAGAGGUUAUACCGUGGAAAGUCCUUUGGGAUUGAUGGUGUUGAAGAUUAUUACAAAGUGGGGAAUGGACUGCAUGGUUAUGGUUCCUCUUUUCAACAACACCUUGAUUCACAUGACAGCUCCUCUAACUGCUCUAGCAAUGUUUCCAGCAAAGUUUUAGACCGUUAUAUUGAUGGCGAGCAAGAGGGAGUGCAACAGCGUGCAAGAUUUCAGAACAUAGUGCCAGCUUCACAACCCAAUGUUAGGAAACAGAAACCAAAGUCUCAAUCUUUGGGAGAAACUAGAGGGUCUCAGCUUCAAGAUCUGAUUGAGAAUGGUUUUAAGAAUGAAUCACCCAGGAAACUUGCAAAGAGAGUGGUUGAGAGACUUUCUCAAUCUCGAUUUUUGCCACCUAAAAGUAAAAAUGAAUAUGAUGUUCAUAAUCCAAUUACAAUUGAAGAUAUCUACAAUGGGAACACAAGUGGACUUCCUAUUUCAUAUCUUGAUGGUACUUCACAAAAAAGUUUCUUGAUUGAUGGGGUAAAUGAAGCAACCAGUGAGCGCAGUGAAAAUAUUCCAAGCUUCCAAGAAAGGAAAAUUUUCUCUGGUGAGGAAGAUUCUGACAUUGAAUUAAUUAGAAAGUAUAAGGAUGCUGAGAAACAGAAAAUUAGAAGCUUGACAGAGGAGAAACUCCAAAUGGCCCGUGAUACUGCAUCUGCGUUGCAAUGCCAAAUUGCUGGGAGGGCUUCUGCUAGGGAAGAACUGAAACUACUAAGAGCUGAAUUAGAUUCACAGAAGCAAAGGUUGGAAGCUGAGAAGAACGAACUGCAGUUUUCUAUGGAAAAGGAGCUGGAUAGAAGAUCAAGCGAGUGGUCACUCAAACUGGAGAGGUUCCAUGUAGAAGAACACAUGCUUCGUGACAGGGUUAGAGAGCUUGCUGAGCAAAAUGUUUUCCUUCAAAGGGAAGUAUCUUCAUUCAGUGAGAAGGAGGUGGAUACCAAAAGUAGGAUUUCAUAUUUAGAGAACCAGCUUGAAGAACUUAAAAGGAUAUCAGAGGAACAAAGGGAGGAGAAUCAAAACCUGCAGAAAAAUCUUUCUAAACUUCAAGAGAAGCACAAAGCAGCACAGGAAGAUCUAGAUUGCAUCAGAAGGAACUGCGAAGAGAAGGUGAAAGAGUGUAAGGACUUGCACAGGUCCAUAACAAGGUUACAGAGGACUUGUAGCGAACAAGAGAAGACAAUUGAUGGUUUGCGAUUGUACUAUGAGGAGAUUAACAAGAAACGAUCAGCAGAGGAGUUUGACAAUCAAUUGAUUAAGUCACGUGUGGAGCAUAUUAGGCUGGUGGGAAACGAAUGUGCUUUAAGGAAGGAAGCGGAAUCCUACAAGCUUGAGGUUGAUCAGCUUCGUCACGAGAAUAUAAACUUGUUGAAUCGCUUGAAAGGGGUUGGCCAGGAUGCCACAUUUAGGCUAGAUCAGGAAUUAUUGAAUCGUGUUAACUGCUUGCAAACACAAGGGAUAUUGAUGCUUAAAGAAAGCACUAUUCUUUCUGAAAAGUUGCUAGAGUACACCAAAUCUACUGUGGAUGGAGGAUCACAAGGCCAGUUUGUUAUUGAGACUGAUAUAAAGCUCCAAGGCUUCAAGAGGGGGCUAGAAAAUUUAGCAAGGAGCUUACAGAAUGUCUCCUUUGUGCUGAAUGAGAAGUCUAAGUCUGAGACAUCUAUCUUGGAGAAUAGGACACGUCAGUUAGAUGACCACCAGAAAUUUGAAUUCGAGCUGAAAUCAGAGAUAUUACUGACAAGUUUGUUGCGUGAGAAGCUUUAUAACCAAGAGUUGGAUAUGGAGCAACUUCAUGCUGAGCUGGCAACCUCUAUCAGAGGUAAAGACAUGAUCAAUUGUGAGUUGCAAAAUGCGCGGGACAACCUUUCCUGUGCAAUUCACAAGGCAAAGAAUCUUGAACUUCAGAUAAUCAAGAAAGAUGAGAACAUACACAAGCUUGAGAAUGAUCUUGACGAAUGUAUAAAGGAACUGGCGGUAGUGAAGGGGAUACUGCCAAAAGUGACCCAAGAAAGGGACAUGCUGUGGGCAGAAGUUAAGAAGUACAGCGAAAACAAUAUGCUGCUCGAUUCAGAGAACAACAUGUUAAAGAAAAAGAUAGAGACACUAGAUGAAGAGGUGCUCCUUAAAGAAGGACAGAUUACAAUUCUUAAAGACGCGUUUGGUAAACCACUUGAUCUUCUUGAAUGAUGCCUACAACAUAUACAGGAAUUGUCGCGUUCCUCGUGUUCAUAUUUAGGUAUACAUUGCUUUUCUAUAGAAUGAUAUAUGGUUUCAUUUGAAUAUGGUUGUUGAGGUUGUUAUUAUAGGCUUGAAUACCAAAAAAGAGAAAUCUGAUUU